CAACUAGUCUGAUCAUACAUCAUACAUGGGUUGGUUGCUAAUUCUGUGUUUGCAGUUUUUCUUGUUGCUCACUCAUGUUAUAUCUUCUUCUCAUUUUAUAUGCUGCCUCGAUGACAGUUCUUCCUUGCUUCAAUUCAAAGCCUCUUUCAACAUAGAUACUACUGAUACUAAUUGUGGUAAACUAGCUUAUGCAGAGGUAUCAACAUGGCAAAAUGGUACAGAUUGUUGCUCAUGGCUUGGUGUCACCUGUGACACAAUUUCUGGUCACGUAAUUGGCUUAGACCUCAGCUGCAAUGACCUUCAAGGUAUUAUUCAUCCCAACAGUACACUUUUUCAUCUUUCUCAUCUCCAAACACUCAACCUUGCUCAUAAUAGAUUAUUCCCAACUCAACUUUCAUCUCAGUUUGGUGCUUUUGUCAAUCUCACACACCUCAACUUGUCUGAUACCGAGAUUCAAGGUGAAGUUUCUUCCUGUAUCUCACACCUUUCUAACUUAGUGUCACUUGAUCUCUCCAUGAAUGACAAUUUAAAGUGGAUACAAGAAGUCACUUUGAAGAGGCUGCUGCAAAAUGAAACAUCUUUGACAGAGAGCUUGUUUUUGACCAUACAAACAUGUCUUUCAUCGCGCCAAGCUCAUUUUUUUCAUUUCUUAAUCUAUCUUCUUUGAUUACUACUAGUCUUAAAGGAACUGGUUUAAGUGGAAACAUGAUGUCAAAUGAAAACACUCUUUGUUUGCCAAAACUUCAAGAGCUAUAUAUGUCAGCUAACUUCGACCUUCAAGGUCAACUUCCAAAGUUGAGUUGCAGCACUUCCCUUAAUAUAUUGGAUCUUUCACGAUGUCAAUUCCAAGGGUCAAUCCUACAGUUUUUCUCUAACCUCACACAACUUACCUUCUUGAGUCUCUCAGGAAACAAUGUAGGAGGUGAGCUACCACCAUCAUGGCUUUCAAGCCUUAAACAACUCACUCUCAUGGAUUUUUCAGGGAAUAAACUCAUCGGUCGAAUUCCGGAUGUGUUUGGUGGCCUAACAAAAUUGAAAACUCUCUAUCUUAAGAAUAACUAUUUAAAAGGACAAAUCCCAUCUUCACUCUUUCACUUAACAUUGCUUUCUUAUUUGGAUUGUUCUUCUAAUAAGUUAGAAGGUUACCUACCUGACAAAAUAACAGGCCUUUCAAAUCUAACAGCAUUAUGGCUCAAUAACAACACAUUGAAAGGGACAACUCCUCAUAUUCCUUAGAGUAUAUGUUUUUGUGCAACAUGUUACAAGGAAAUAUUCCAGAAAACUUUUCUACCUUGUAAACCUUACUAACUUGUGUCUAUCUUCAAAUAACUUGAGUGGUUUUGUCAAUUUUAAACUCUUCUCGAAGUUCCAAAAUCUGGAAAGUCUUUCCCUUUCUCAGAAUAGUCGAUUAUCAGUGAACUUUGAAUCUGAUUCUGAGCUGUUCAAUUACAGUUUCCCUCGCUUAAGAGUAUUGGAAUUAUCUUCUCUCAGUUUAACUGAAUUGCCCAAAUCAUUCGGAGAAAUAUUUCCAAGUUUGGUCUAUGUGGAUCUAUCCAAUAAUAAGUUGAGUGGAAGAGUGCCAAAUUGGUUACCAGAUAUGUUUUUAUUACAAUCUUCGAACCUCUCUCGAAACAUGUUCACAUCAAUAGACCAAUUCUCAAAGCAUUACUGGCUGAGAUCCCUUGAUCUUAGUUUCAACUCACUAGGGGGUGAGAUAUCUUUGUCAAUUUGCAAUGCAACUCUAAUUCUAAUUCUUAACUUGUCCCACAACAAAUGAACAGGUAUGAUCCCACAGUGCCUUGCAAACUUACCAUUCCUUCAAGUUUUGGACAUGGAGAUGAAUAAACUUUAUGGCUCUGUGCCAAAUACCUUUUCAAGUAUGACUUUCAGCACACUCAAUCUUAAUAGCAACCAAUUAGUAGGUCCUUUGCCAAAAUCUUUGUCCAACUGCAGAAACCUGGAGGUUUUAAAUCUUGGUAAUGACAUUAUAAAGGACACGUUUCCCCAUUGGCUUCAAACUUUGUCACAUUUGAAAGUACUGGUUUUGCGAGCCAAUAAGUUGCAUAUUUCCAUUAUCAAAUUAAAGAUCAACAGAAAUCCAUUUCCCAAUUUAAUUAUAUUUGAUAUCUCAUGCAAUGACUUCAGUGGUCCAAUACCGAAAUUCUACGCAGAAAAUUUUGAAGCCAUGAAGAAUGUUAUUCCUGUACAAUUUUAAUACAUGAAAAAGAUGGUAAAAUUGCAACAUAUACCCGUACAUACGAGUUUUUCUACGACUCUGUGAAUGCAACAACAAAAGGGAUCGAUAUCACGUAUGCAAUAAUUCCUACAAUCUUUGUAAGUAUUGAUUUUUCAGGAAACAAAUUUGAAGGAGACAUUCCAAAUGUUAUUGGUGAGCUUCAUGCAAUCAUAGGACUCAACCUUUCCCACAAUAAACUUACUGUUUUGAAUAUCUCUCAAAACCAUCUUGAAGGAGCAAUAGCUAGAGGAGAGCAGUUUGAUACCUUUUCCAAUGAUUCCUAUGUGGGAAACUAUGGAUUGUGUGGACUUCCAUUGUCAAAAAAUUGCAACAAAAUUUCUCCACCUUCAACAUAUUCUGAUGAGCAUGAACAAAAAUUUGGAUUUUGUUGGCAACCAGUAGCUAUAGGUGGAAUGGUAUUUGGUGUUGGAUUAGGAUGCUUUGUGUUGUUAAUAGGAAAACCUCAAUGGCUUGUGAGUAUGGUUGGAGGAAAGCCUAAUAGUAGGAGGACAAGAAGAAUGAGGCCUCAUGAAAGAAUUAAUCAGAAUCAGUUGCUGCAUAUGUGAUAUAAUUGGUGAUUGAUGUGGAUAUUUUAUUGUGAUUUAUUAUUUUUGUUUUAUUUUAUCUCUACUUUUCCUAAAAUAAAUAAAUUUGUCUGCACUAGUCUAGAAACCUUGUCACUCUUACACAGGUUCUCCAUGGUUUAAUGGUUGUAGCUUGUGUUACCAUCGGUUACAUAUUAUAUACCAGGGGAAAUACUAAGAGGAGAAUCCACUGAUACAUAAAGUUCAACUAUAAAGAUCGUUUAAAAUAUGAUUUGUUUAUCCGUCACAUAUAGAGUUCAUAAUAUGCAAUAAUUUAAUCUUAAAAUAAGAUGUAGAGUUCAAACCUGUUUCAUAUUCUAACUUGAAGUUACUGUUCUAAUUGAUAUAACUUUAUUACAUUGUGUUUUCUUUAGAAUUUUAUUUAUGAAUGGAGAUCCAUUUAUGUCAUUCAGAAAAAUUGUCAUACAUAGAUGUACGUUUAUAAACAUUACUUAUUUUUGACCUUGAAUUCUGCCUAUGUUUCAAUCUCAUGUAACCGUUCCACCCUUUGUUGAAAAUUUAUUCUUAAGCUAGAAUUCUGCCUACAUGACACCUCUAUAAUAGUCUAUAUAGCCUUUCCACUAAUUGGAGUUAGUGUUGAUCCUAUAAAUUUGUUGUCAAUGAAAUUGUGCUUUGGAUACAAAUACCUUGUAGCAUUUUCUUUUAUGAGAAGUCUGUGCUCUAUUUCACCAUUUGUAAUGAUUUGCUGUCCGUGAUGAAGGUUCGAUAUGCUCCACAUCUUCCACUUGUGUUGCGUGGCCUGAAUUGCACGUUUCGUGGAGGAUUGAAAACUGGCAUUGUUGGUAGAACAGGUAGUGGAAAAUCAACUCUUAUACAAACACUUUUCCGACUCGUUGAACCUACUGCCGGGGAAGUUAUCAUCGACAGAAUCAACAUAUCUACAAUUGGACUGCACGAUUUGAGGUCUAGACUAAGCAUUGUUCCGCAGGAUCCAACCAUGUUAGAGGGGACUGUGAGAAGUAAUCUGGACCCGCUGGAAGAGUACACUGAUGAACAAAUAUGGGAGGCUUUGGAUAAGUGUCAACUGGGAGAGGAAGUUCGAAAGAAAGAAGGAAAGCUUGACUCUUCAGUUAGUGAGAAUGGUGAGAACUGGAGCAUGGGUCAGAGACAGUUGGUUUGCCUAGGUAGGGUUCUGCUUAAGAAGAGCAAGAUUUUGGUGCUUGACGAAGCAACUGCUUCAGUUGAUACAGCUACAGAUAAUUUGAUUCAGCAAACUCUUAGGCAACAUUUCAUGGAUUCUACUGUCAUUACCAUUGCACAUCGAAUAACUUCUGUUCUUGACAGUGAUUUGGUUCUAACUUCUGUUAUUCUUCGUUGAACUUUGAUAUAUUAUUUUUCCUAGGUGUUUUGUUUUCUGAUGUUGUUGUGUAUUGGUGUAGGACUUGUUGAGGAGUAUGACUCCCCAACGACAUUGUUAGAGGAUAAGUCAUCAUCUUUUGUUAAGCUUGUUGCAGAGUAUACCAUGAGGUCCAACUCAAAUUUUUGAGAAAUCUGUUGAUCCCUGAUAGAAGUCUACCGUCCGAAAUAAAAACUUGAUGAAGACGAAAAUUUUGGGGGAGGGGGGAAGUAUCUUAUUAAUAGGCUUUGUAAUUCUUCUUCCAUUAAGCAUGUUUAAUAGAAAUGUAAUAUAUAAGAAUAAGGCUUUAGAACUCCAACUUCAGCUUUUUUUCCAAGGCUGAAGAAUUUUGUUGGAGGGAAGAAUUACAAAAUGAAAAAAAAAAAAAAAUCUAAUUACUUCAGAUGCUUUGAUUUUAUCAUGGUAUAGUUACUCAAAUAAUAUGAAUAGUUGCAUUAAUAUUGUUCUGCAA